UUUUUUUUUUUAUUCUCAUAAUGAGUUAUACACCCAUGGAUCUUGAUUCUUCUCUUGAUGAACUCAUCAAAAAGAGAAGAACUAAACAACAACCAAAGCCAACACCUAAUAAAAAGACACCUAUGAAACAAGUCAAAAAGAAACCUCAACAACAACAACAAAAACAACAAGUUCGACCCAACAUUCAGAUCCAAUCAAGCAAAGCAAAGAUAACUAAACCCAAUGCACCACAACGUAGUGGUAUUAAUGCACGAUUAUCUACAUCAAAAGCCUCAGGUCCUCUGUUUACUGCCAAACAUACAAAAGAACCAUCCAAAGCAGAUCCUUCUCAAAUCAUUAUCACAAAAGCUAUCUCUAAUCAACCUAAGAGACCUGAAGUCAAGAGUGUCUUGACAGGUCGCUUAGGAACACGACCAUCACCAAAACAAAUAUCACCAGAACCAAUGCGUAUGGACACAUAUAUACGUCCAGUUGAAGAAAGAUCCACUGAUUUCUCUAUUCGUGGUCGAUCCAACAUGGCCAAUGCUCGACCUCAAUUGUCCAUCAAAGGUGAGUCUGGUCCUACGACUGUAUUGGUGACUGGAUUGGAUCCUGGUGCCAAUUCAGAAGAUGUCAAGAUUGCACUGGAAGACUUUGGUAAUAUUUUGCACUGUGAAGUAUUAAGAGAUCGUGCAGGACGUUCAUUUGGAGAAGCAGAAGUGGAAUUCAGUACAAAAGGUGCAGCAUUAGACUGUAUUGCACGAUUGGAUAAUCAAAUGGCAGAUGGUAAAUUCUUGCGUAUCAUCUUGAGAGAACCAAAACCAAAACAAAGUUAUGCUGCUAAACAAAUUCGUUCUAUCAUUUCACCUUCUUAUGCUCCAUCUGGUAAAAUGCAUGCAGAUCAAAUGACAUCAAGAUAUGAUAUCACUCGUCAAUAGAUUUCUCUUUCUUUUUUAUAUAUAUAUAUGUGUGUAUAUAUAUAAAUCGUCUAUAACUCAGCUUUUUUCUUUU